AUUUUAGUUAUUUAAUAAAAUUUAAAAAUUUUAUUUUUAUUUUAUUUUAUUUUUAAAAAUUAUUUUUAACAGAUUUUUAAAAAUUAUUUAAUUAAAUAAAAAUAUUAUAUUUUUCUUUCCUCCACUUUCAUCUAAGUCUACUAUCAACCUUUUUUUUCUCUUCACUUCUCUUCUCUUUCCUUCUCUUCUCCUUUACUUCCUUUCCUUUACUACUAUUUAUUCAAAUAGACGCUGAGGGUGGUUUGUGCUGUCAGAAAGUUUUGCUUUCUCAUGCGGCAUCAUGAUAUGCUGGGUUUUCGCUGUUUUAUGGGGGUUGGAUAGGUCAAAGGAGUAUCUAAGAACUAUGCCUUCAAGGGGUUCCUUGCGCGUGCCAGUUGUUUUAACGAUUUUGAGAUGAACAUGUCCUCUUGCUGUCUAUCGUACUUGACUUGUGUAAUCUACCAAUCAAUUCAAUAACUUUAAUCUGCCAAUGACAUUGUUAAUUUCCUCAUCUUUCUUUCUCAUUCCUUCUGCCUCAGUUUCUUUUUUUCUUUCUUUUUUCCUUAUUUUAAUGUCGGUCCUAUCCGAGGUAGGCUAUGCAUGCGAAAGGAGGAAAUUUGCAAGGAAUUUAAUUUUCCUGAUGGCCUCCCUAAGUAGGCUAUUCAAGCUGAAAUGACAUUUAUAAGGAAUACGGUCUUCCACUCUUCCUCAUUGCCUCUAUGCUGAACCAAGAUUACCGUUAAGGGAACUUUUUUUUUUUUUUUUUGGUUACAUAACGAAAGGUAAUUAUUUUUUAUUUAUCAUCUCAUCCUUUUUGUAUGUCAUGUGAUUCGAAUUCAGAAUUUUUUAUUUUAAGCGGAAAGAAAUUAUUAUUAUUAUU